GAAGAAGAAAACUAAAGCAACACCUGUCCACACCCAAACCUGUCGCUCACUGGAAUUGAUUUAAUCUAUGAUUCAGAAAACAUGUCUACAAAUGUCGAUUUAGCACAAUACCAACCAAAUAUAAGACUGCAAGUGAUGCUGAAGGAUUGAGUGUUUUCUGAUCAGUUUUCAGGGUCAGUUUAGCUGCAGUAUGUCAGAGGAAAGAGGAAAGGACUCUCUCUCUCAGAUGAGUCUCUCAGAGAAACACAGUGUAAGAUCAGGAUCACAUGUGUCCAGUUAUGUGUCUCUGAAGAGUGAUCACUCUAAAGAAGGACUUUUACCAGACUUCAGUGAGAAAACACCAUCAUCUAAUAAAAGUGUAAGAUCAGGCUCACAUGUGUCCAGCUCUGUGUCUCUGAAGAGUGAUCGGUCUAAAGGUGGAGUACCAGACUUCAGUGAGAAAACACCAUCAUCUAAUAAAAGGCUUCGAUAUGAGACAUUAGACUCAGACCUUCAGACUCACAGGAAACACGAGAGUUUCAAAGACAAUCUUCUUGGGAUCUUCCAGGAUCUUGAGAGAAAAAUAAUCACAUUUCUGAAGAAUGAACUGGAGAAGUUAAAGAAAAUAUUACAACAUGAGAACACACAACACUUUGUGAAGGACUUUAAUGAGAACAGAUCCAGUAUCAAAUCAGCAGCUCUUGAUCUCACACUACAUUACCUGAGAGAGAUGAAGCAAGAUGAAGCUGCUGAUGCUCUAGAAGGUGAGCUGUUCUUCAUUCAUCAGCUGAAAUGUGGCCUAAAGAAGAAGUAUCAAUGUGUGUUUGAAGGAAUGGUGAAGCAAGGUGACGCCACACUCCUGAAUAACAUCUACACAGAUCUCUACAUCACUCAGGGUGGCAGUGAACAGGUCAAUACUGAACAUGAGGUGAGACAGAUUGAAGUUGCUUCCAGACGUCAUGAAGCACAAGAGAUACAGGUUGAAUGCACACAUUUGUUUGACACGCAUGAAGAAGGCGAGGAGAUCCGAACUGUACUGACAAAAGGAGUCGCUGGCAUCGGGAAAUCAGUCUCUGUGCAAAAGUUUGUUCUGGACUGGGCUGAAGGAAAAGAAAAUCAAGAUAUCAGCUUCAUAUUUCCUCUUCCAUUCAGAGAGAUCAACUUAAAGGAGAAAGAAAAACUAAGUUUGAUGGACCUUUUAACUCAGUUUUUCCCAGAGACAAAAGGACUGAACCUUACAAGAAGGAAUCAGUUCAAAGUGCUGUUCAUCCUUGAUGGACUGGACGAAUGUCGCCUUCCUCUGAAGUUUGAUUGUAAUGAGACGUGGCGUGAUGUAUCGUCACCAGCCUCUCUGGAUGUUCUCCUAACGAACCUCAUGAAGGGAAAUCUGCUUCCUUCUGCUCUCGUCUGGAUCACCAGCAGACCAGCAGCUGCCAGUAAGAUUCCUCCUGACUGUAUCGACCGGCUGACAGAGAUACGAGGAUUCAGCGACGCACAAAAGCAAGAGUACUUCAAAAAAAGAUUCAAGGAUGAUAUUCAAGCCAACACAAUCAUAGAUCGUGUUAAACAAUCAAAGAGUCUCUUUAUCAUGUGCCACAUCCCAGUCUUCUGCUGGAUUUCAGCCACUGUUCUCCAGAACAUUCUGGAGGAGAAGAGAAACUGCAGGAAUCAAACACUGAAGAACACUCCCAAGACUCUGACACAAAUGUACACACACUUUCUCCGCUUUCAGAUCCAGCAGAGCCGCCGGAAAUAUGAUGGAGAAUACACACCAGAUGUUUCCUGGGAUAAAGACGCCAUCCUUUCACUGGGGAAACUGGCAUUUUAUCAUCUGGAAAGAAACAACCUGAUCUUCUAUGACUCAGACCUGGAAGCCUGUGGUCUUGACGUCUAUAAGGCAUCAGUGUACUCAGGCAUGUGUACCCAGAUCUUUAAGGAGGAAACAGGGAUCGUUCUUGGUACCAUGUACUGCUUUGUUCAUUUGAGCAUUCAAGAGUUUAUUGCAGCCCUUUAUGCACAUCUGUUUCUAGACAUCAACAAGACAAGUGUGUUUGAUCAUGAGUCUACAGAACAGAAAAACAGAAAUGAAACCAUGAUUGAUUUUCUCAAGACUGCAGUGGACAAGGCGCUGGAGAGUGACAAUGGACACCUGGACCUUUUCCUUCGCUUCCUCCUCGGUCUGUCACUCCAGUCCAAUCGACGACUCUUACGAGGUCUGUUGACACAGCGAGACGGCACUGACUGGAGAAACAAGGGGAUAGUUCGACGACUCUUACGAGGUCGGUUGACAAAGAGAGACGACACUGACCGGAGGAACAAGGAGAUAGUUCAGUACAUCAAGCAGAAAUUAGAAGCUAAUCUUCCUGCAGAGAGAUCCAUCAAUCUGUUCUACUGUCUGAAUGAACUGAACGACCAAACUCUGGUGAACGAGAUUCAGACCCACCUUAGCAAAGGAAGUCUCUCAUCUGGUGACCUUUCACCUGCCCAGUGGUCUGCUUUAGUCUUUGUGUUGUUGACAUCAGAGGAGGAGCUGGAGGAGUUUGAGCUUCAGAAAUUCAAGAAAUCAGACGAGUGCCUCAUUAAAUUAUCGGCAGUCAUUAAAGCCUCCAGAAGAGCUCUGUUAAAUGAUUGUAACUUAACAGACAAAAGCUGUUCAUCUCUGGCUGCAGUUCUUGGAUCAGACACCAAUCUGAAAGAGCUGAACAUGAACAAUAAUAAGCUGCAGGAUUCAGGAGUGAAGCUGCUCUGCACUGGACUGAAGAAUAUAAAGUGUAAAUUGGAGAUACUGAGGUUAAGCUGCUGUUAUAUGACAGAUGAAGGUUGUUCUGAUGUGACUUCAGCUCUGAAAUCAAACCCGUCACACCUGAGAGAGCUGGACCUGAGCUGGAAUUAUCUAGGAAACACAGGAGUGAAGCACUUAUGUGCCGUACUGAAGGAUUCACACUGUAAACUGGAGAGAUUGAGGUUAAGAUCCUGUGAUAUGACAGAUGAAGGUUGUCCUGAUGUGACUUCAGCUCUGAAAUCAAACCCGUCACACCUGAGAGAGCUGGACCUGAGC